AUGCGGCGGCUCCGCGGGCAGCCCGGCGCGCUCUCCUGCCGAAGCCGAGGCCGGACUGGCUCCCGCGGGGACCCGCGCGGGGUCGGUUACAGCAGGAAGGCGCUGGAGCGCAACCCGGACGAGUUCUACUUCCAGAUGGUCCGGAGCAACCUGCAGGACGGAGUUCACGUGGUCAAGCAGCCUAAGGACGAGGUGACUCCUGAGCAGGCCAAAGUGAUGCGGACGCAGGACCUCAAGUACGUGGAGAUGAAGCGAGUGGCAGAAGCCAAGAAAAUCGAGAGGCUGAAGUCAGAGCUCCAUCUCCUGGACGCAGAGGGGAAGCAGCCCAACAAACAUGUGUUCUUCUUUGAUACCAAAAAAGAAG